AUGACCAUUACUUCGGCCAUUCUAGGAGGUCUUGGGAUUACUAUCGGCUACCAUCGACUUUGGGCCCACCGAUCUUUCCAAGCAUGCACCGCGGUCAAAAUCCUGCUCGCUGUUGCUGGGGCUGCCCAGAGCCAAUGGCCGAUUCUGUGGUGGGUGCGGCAUCAUCGUGCCCACCAUAAAUAUGUAGACACGGACCGAGAUCCGUAUAAUGCGAACAGAGGACUGUGGUUCACUCAUAUUGGCUGGCUGCUUGGAAAGAACGAGGCAGCAUGGGGCCGAGUGGAUGUAUCGGACCUGGAGAUUGAUCCGGUGGUUAUCUGGCAGAAGCGAUUGUAUUACCCUAUUGUUGUGGUUGUGGGAAUCCUUCUUCCCACUGCUGUUGCUCAUUACGGCUGGAACGAUUGGAAGGGAGGGAUGAUAUACGGAGGCCUAGGUCGGAUCGCCCUGAGCCAUCAUGUCACAUUUAUGAUCAACUCGGUCGCCCAUGCUUCCUGGGCUGGGAGCCAGCCGUAUUCUGCGACUACAACAGCCCGAAAUGUUCCCCUUCUUGCGCUGGUGAGCUUCGGGGAAGGUAACCACAACUUUCAUCACACGUUCCCUACCGAUUAUCGGAAUGGAAUCAAAUGGCACGAGCCUGACCUUUCAAGGUUGGUCAUAUGGACGUGGGCAAAACUGGGGCUGGUGUCUGAUCUCAAAACUGUUAGCCCACUUGAGAUCGAGCUCGCUGGUCAGCGUCAGCAUGUACGUCGCACCGAAGAUGGAGAGAAAUUGACCCAGCUACCCCGGAUGAUCUGGCACGAAUACAUCAAACAGGUCAAUCGAGGUCGCUGCUGGGUUUCGAUCGAUGGGAUGGUUUAUGACGUGACCGACUACAUGAAUGACCAUCCUGGCGGACGUGAUCUGAUUGAAGGGGUGAUUGGGAAAGAUGCAACGGCCCUGUAUUAUGGGCAUCAUUCCCACUCCCCACAUGCUGCUGCUGUACUGGAAGACCUGCGCAUCUCUUUGAUUAGGUCAGAUUGA